GACUACAGGUGCCCGCCACAACGCCCGGCUAUUUUUUUGGUUGCAUUUUGGCUGGGGCCGGGUUUGAACCUGUCACCCUCGGUAUAUGGGGCCGGUGCCUUACCGACUGAGCCACAGGCGCCGCCCAACAUCUCUUUUUUUUUUUUUGUGGUUUUUUGGCCGGGGCUGGGUUUGAACCCGCCACCUCUGGCAUAUGGGACUGGCACCCUACUCCUUGAGCCACAGGCGCCACACUAUACUAGUGGUUCUUAAUUUGGAUGAUUUCGUCUCCCAGAGACAUUUGGCAAAGUCUGGAGGUAUUUUUGCUUGCUACUGUGGUGAGGUGGGGAGUGCUAUCCACUGUCAUUUAGUGGAUAGAGGCUAGGGACACUGCUAAAUAUCCUAUGAGGUACAGAACAGUCUUCUUCCCCUUACAAUCAAGGAUUAUCUGCCUGGCCCAGAAUACCAAUAAUUCCAAGGCUGAGAAACUACUUUAUACUUGUCUGUGCUAUUAGGAUGAGAAUGGCUCAAAAAUAAUUGAGAGGGAGAAUAUGUGUUUAUAUAUAUAUAGGUAUACAUGUAUGUGUAUUACUAAAGAUAUAGUUGAGAUCUCACAUUUUUGUUUUGAUAAAUGUGGAAUUUUUAUAAAGAAAAUAAUUGUCGAUUCUUUGGAAAGGAGAAAGGAAUAAAUGGGACAUCUACUAUUGUUUUUACUAUUUAGAAAUUUUUGAUUUGGUUCCUCUCUACCAUUUCCAAAAUACUGCCCUUCCCCUCCACAGCAAAGAUUCACAGGAGGCCAUCUGACCUCACACUUCUAGCCAAUGCUGAUUAGAUUUCAGAAGGGCACCUUACCCAAAUCUGACCAAUGAGAAAUUCUUUUCUGGGAUCUUACAAUAUUCUCAUACCCUUAGAAGAAAUUCUCCUUUUCUGCUUAAGCUAACUCAAGUUAGUUGCUGAUACUAACAAGCUUUAGCCAGAACUAUUCUAGGAAUGGUUGUAAAAUUUAUCUCUAGGGAAUGACUGCUCUUUUGAAAAAAUAGUUUAAUGGGUCUUCUGGGUAUGUGAAAGUAAAGCAAGAAUUCAUUCUGGAACAAAGAAGCUCAGAAUAAUUACAAACAACAUAAUGUGCAGUGAUGUAAAAGGACAGCUACAUUGUGGGCAAGGUUGUGCCUUUAUAGGUAGCAUGUUAACUGUUUGCUUUUUUGUUGUUUUUGUUUUUGGAAAUGAGGGUCUUUAUUUUCUUUGACUAGGGCUGAAGACAAGAGGAAGAUGGGACACUGGAAAAAGCAAGACUGAAAAAAGGAAGCUUUUAUCCUGGCAAGAUGAGUUGGCCCCUGGAACAAGUUAAUUUAGUAGAGGAUCCCCAAGGAAGGGAUAUGACUAAGGAUUUCCUUGGUUUUUUUGGGGGGGGGAUUCUUUUUGUGACAGAGUCUUACUAUGUUGCCCUCGGUAGAGUGCCAUGGUGUCACAGCUCACAGCAAUCUCAAACUCUUGGGCUUAAGAGAUUUUUGUGCCUCAGCCUCCCAAGUAGCUGGGACUACAGGCGCCUGCCACAACAUCUGGCUAUUUUUGUUGCAGUUGUCAUUGUUGUUUAGCCAGACAGGGCUGGGUUUGAACCCGCCAGCCUUAGUGUAUGAGGCUGGUGCUGUAACCACCGUGCUACAGGUGCUGAGCCAGAUUAAGGAAUCUUAACAGUUACUUAUGCUAUUUAGUUCUAAGGAUUUUCUUUUGUAUUAUGCUUGAGGUUCUAUUUACAUUUUUUUUUUUUUUUUUUGAGACAGUCUUUCUGUUGCUCAGGCUAGAGUGUCACAGCAUCAGCCUGGCUUACAGCAGCCUCGAACUUGGGCUCAAACUAUCCACCUCCCACCUACACCUCUCACAGUACUAAGAUAACAGGCAUGAGUCACCACCCACGGCCCUCACUUAAAUUUUUAUUUUUUUUGAGCAAAGUCUUACUUUGUCACCAGGCCUCAGCCUCGGUAGAGUGUUGUGGCAUCUUAGCUCACAGCAACCUCAAACUCUCUGGCUCAAGCCAGUCUCUUGCCUCAGCCUCCCAAGUAGCUGGGACUACAGGCGCCUGCCACAAUGCCCGGCUAUUUUUAGAGAUGGGGUCUCACUCUUGUUCAGGCUGGUCUCAAACCUGUGAGCUCAGGCAAUCCACCUACCUUGGCCUCUCAGAGUGCUAGGCCUACCUGAAUUUUUUAACAAAAGCAGAUUAAGUUCAGUGUCAUGUGACUGUAGUCCUAGCUACUCAGUAAACUCAGGUGGGAGGAUCACUUGAGCUCAGGUGUGUCCAGCCUGCACAACAUAUGGAAGCUCUGCCUUUGAAUAAAGGAAUGAAUAAACAAACAAAUUAACAAAACAAAACAUGGCAGCCUAGCUGUGCUUUGGGAAAAUAAGGAAUUGCAGUCAAGCUUAAGGAAAAGAUAAUACUGAGAGUGUAUAUUGGCAAAGCCACUUUUCUCUGACCAUGCCUCGUAUACUCUCCAAGUCAACAAUUUUUUCCUUUUUUUUUUUUUUUCAGUUUUUGGCCAGGGCUGGGUUUGAAACUGCCAUCUCCAGCAUAUGGGGCCAGGAUCCUAUUCCUUUGAGCCACAGGCGCUGUCCUCAGCCAACAAUUCUUUAGAAAAAUGCUUGCACAUGGGCUUCAGGACACUACACAAGAGUAUUCGUAGCAGCAAUUUACAUAUGGGGGGAGGAUGAGAAAAAGGAAUCAAUUUAAAUGUUUGUGAUAGAAAAAUGAUUAGCCGGGCGUUGUGGCGGGCGCCUGUAGUCCCAGCUACUCGGGAGGAUGAGGCAAGAGAAUCGCUUAAGCCCAGGAGUUAGAGGUUGCUGUGAGCUGUGUGAGGCCACGGCACUCGACGGAGGGCCAUAAAGUGAGACUCUGUCUCUACAAAAAAAAAAAGAAAGAAAAAUGAUAAAUAAGCCAUGGUAUACUCCUAUAAUGUAAUGUUAUAUGGCAGAAACAAUAAGCCACAACUACAUACCAACAGGGGUGGAUUUUAGAACCAUAACGUUGAUUGAAAACAAGCAGUGGUAUAACAGAAUAGAAAUGAUUUUCUAAAAUUUUAAAAUAAAAGUAAAUAGCACAUUGUUUAGGAAGACGUAUUUGGUAAUUACAUAAGGAGAAGUUAAAAUUAUUUUUUAAAAAUCAGGAUAGUGAUUAGUUUUAGGAGGAAAGCAGGGAGACGGUGUGGUCUGUGAGGAGCACCCAGGAAGCUCCUAUGGCAGUGGUUCUCAACGUUCCUAAUUCCGUGACCCUUUAAUACAGUUCCUCAUGUUGUGGUGACCCCCAACCAUAAAAUUAUUUUUGAUGCUAUUUCAUAACUAAUUUUGCUACUGUUAUGAAUUGUAAUGUAAAUAUCUAAUAUGCAGGAUGGUCUUGGGUGACCCCUGCAAAAGGGGUGGCAACCCACAGAUUGAGAACGGCUGCCUAUAGUACAGGUUACCAUUCUGUUUCUUAAAUUGGAUGGUACAUUACCAGGUGUUCAUUUUUGACAUUAACAUACUCUUUUGUAUAUAUCAUAUCAGACUUUUUUCAAAAUUUUCAAAUCACUUGGCAGUAUAUUAACACUUUUACUAAUGUGAAUUGUGCUCAUAAAUUUGUUUUUUGUUUGUUUAGGGGUUUUUUGCUUUGUUUUGGGGUAGAGGGGAAGAGGAUGCCACUUAAACAACUAUCUUGAAGCAUCCUUGCGAGCUAAGGUGCACUUAUUUCCUCUGCUUUUGGGGGGACAUUUAUGACUUCUGCUCAACAUUCUUCAGGAACUCCCAACUUUCCCCAGGAACUCUGUGAGGACCAGGAGACAGGACAAAGACCAACACUGAUUUUACACUGUUGCAAAACAGAAGAUGUUUUAUGUUUAACAAAUUGUUGCAGGGGGCUUUACCUAUUUUUGACAGUUCUCUGCAAUUUCCAAAAGUUGCAACAUUUUCCCCUCCUAAAACUAGGGAGAGGGGCAGUUCUUUCUCCCCCUCUGCAUUCCUGCAGCCCUCACGCCUUGGCCUCUGCUGUUCCCUGUGCUUGGAUGACCCGUCCACACUUUGUAGGUCUGGCAGACUCCUGCUUCUCCUUUAAAAAAUUUAAGUUCAAGUGUGCACUAGAAUGCCUGGACAAUUUUCUAAACAAAUUAUUUUGUAGAGAUGGGAAUCUCACUAUACUUCCCAGGAUGAAGAAAAAUAAAAUAAAAAAUAAAAAAUUUAAGUUCAACGUUAACUCCUCUUGGGAACUGUCUCUUUCUGCUGGGAUUUCUCACCCUAGCAUCAUCAUAGCCCUGAGGCAGUUGGGUAGGUAACCUUGUGGAGCUUGUUUCCACGAGGAUAAGAUUAUUUGGGGUGUCUCUGAGGAUACUACAAGUGAGUAUAUCAUAGAGCAUAGGCCUGAGUGACGCGGCCCCGAUUCGAAUCCCCAUUCCUCUCUUAUCAGACAGGACUUCUAUUUCUUCAGUUCAACUGAGGGAGGCUUUUAAUACUCAGGGGAAUCCGGCCACUACCUUGCACUUCUUGGGCCUUUUCAUCCCUAUUUUGGGAUCCUCAGGGACGGACAAAGCCGGCCAUCGCUAUUCUUUUAGCUUGGAGUUGAAGGCGUCCCCAGCGUACCAGCCUCUUCGAACGCGACUAGUAACCCACACCUUCACAUAGGCGGGGUCGGCUGCAGGGCCCGCUGGGGACCGGCCGGCGACAGCUUUGGCGGCGCUCUAGCCCGCCGAGCGCACAAUGCCUCCGCACGGAGGCGCCCUGAUUGGCUGGAGGCCGUCGCUCUACUUGCGUGCUUCCGGGACGGAGGCAGGGCGGGGCUUGGAAGGAGCACAACUUCCGGCGCCAGGCGCAGUGGUGGCGUUACUUCGGCCCAAUGGCGGCCCCGCUGCUUCACGUGCGGCUCCCCGGGGAUGCGUCCGCUCCAGCCUCUGCGGUCAAGACACUAGGCACGUCGAGGACUGGGAUGUCAGAUAUGCUUGUGUUAGAGGAUAUUUUUUUCCAUUCCCCCCCAAGGAAAACUGUUCGGUUUGGUGGAACUGUGACAGAAGUCUUGCUGAAGUACAAAAAGGGUGAGACAAAUGACUUUGAGUUGUUGAAGAAUCAGUUGUCAGAUCCAGACAUAAAGGAUGACCAGAUCCUUAACUGGCUGCUGGAAUUCCGCUCUUCUAUCAUGUCCUUGACAAAAGACUUUGAACAGCUUAUCAAUAUUCUGUUGAGGUUGCCUUGGUUGAAAAGAAGUCAAACAGUGGUGGAGGAAUAUUUGGCUUUUCUUGGUAAUCUUGUAUCAGCACAGACUGUCUACCUCAGACCUUGUCUUAGCAUGAUCGCUUCCCAUUUUGUACCUCCUCGAGUGAUCAUUAAGGAAGGUGAUGCAGAUGUUUCAGAUUCUGAUGAUGAAGAUGAGAGCCUUCUUGCAAAUUUUGACACAUGUCACAGAGCCUUGCAAAUAAUAGCAAGAUAUGUCCCAUCGACACCGUGGUUUCUUAUGCCAAUACUGGUGGAAAAAUUUCCAUUCAUUCGAAAAUCGGAGAGAAUAUUGGAAUGUUAUGUUCAUAAUUUACUACGAAUUAGUGUAUAUUUUCCAACCUUGAGGCAUGAAAUCCUGGAGCUUAUUAUUGAAAGGCUACUCAAGUUGGAUGUGAGUGCAUCCAGGCAGGAUAUUGAAGAUGCUGAGGAAACAGCCACUCAGACUUGUGUUGGGACAGAUUCCACAGAAGGAUUGUUUAAUAUGGAUGAAGAUGAAGAAACUAAACAUGAAACCAAGGCUGAUCCUGAACAGCCUGAUGAGAUGGUACAUCCUGUAGCUGAACGCCUGGACCUCCUACUGUCACUGCUUUUAUCCUACAUUAAGGAUGUGUGCUACACAGACGGUAAGAUUGAUAACAACAAAACUAAGGAUUUAUAUCGAGAUCUAAUAAACAUCUUUGACAAACUCCUGUUGCCCACUCAUGCCUCCUGCCAUGUACAGUUUUUUAUGUUUUACCUCUGUAGCUUCAAAUUGGGAUUUGCAGAAGCAUUUUUGGAACAUCUCUGGAAAAAAUUACAGGAUCCGAAUAACCCUGCCAUCAUCAGGCAAGCUGCUGCAAAUUAUAUUGGAAGCUUUUUGGCAAGAGCUAAAUUUAUUCCUCUUAUUACUGUAAAAUCAUGCCUUGAUCUUUUGGUUAACUGGCUGCACAUAUACCUUAAUAACCAGGAUUCAGGAACAAAGGCAUUUUGUGAUGUUGCUCUCCAUGGACCAUUUUAUUCAGCCUGCCAGGCGGUCUUCUACGCUUUUGUUUUUAGACACAAGCAGCUCUUAAGUGGAAACCUAAAAGAAGGUUUGAGGUAUCUUCAAAGUCUAAAUUUUGAACGUAUUGUGAUGAGUCAGCUAAAUCCUCUGAAGAUUUGCCUACCUUCGGUGGUUAACUUUUUUGCUGCUAUCACAAAUAAAUAUCAGCUGGUCUUCUGCUACACUAUCAUUGAGAGGAACCAUCGCCAGAUGCUACCAGUUAUUAGAAAUACAGCUGGUGGUGACUCAGUGCAAACCUGCACGAACCCCCUUGACACCUUCUUUCCAUUUGAUCCUUGUGUGCUUAAGAGGUCAAAGAAAUUCAUUGAUCCUAUCUAUCAGAUAUGGGAAGACAUGAGUGCUGAUGAGCUUCAGGAGUUUAAGAAGCCCAUUAAAAAGGAGAUGAUAGAAGAUGAAGAUGAUGACUUUUUAAAAGGUGAAGUGCCCCAGAAUGACACUGUGAUUGGGAUUACACCGAGCUCCUUUGAUGCACACUUCCGAAGUCCUUCAAGUAGCAUGGGCUCCCCACCUGUAUUGUACAUGCCAGACCAGUCUCUGUGACCUCGAAGAUUUGUGACUGAGAUGAGGUUCUUCCCCAUGGUUCCCUUCAGCACCUGAUUACUGCUGUUUGGGCCUUGCUUAAAAUGCAUUGAGUAUGUGCCUCGGGCAUUAUACUUGCAAGUUAGACUUAAUCUAGUAUAUGAACAGAAAUAGGUUUUUCUGUUUUGUUUCUCUGAUAGACAAAAUGAAAAGACUGAAUAUCAUGUGCAAUAUUUUACAGUGGGGUUGAUGAUAAAUUUUGAAGACUGUUUAUUUAAUGUGUACCUUUUUGUGUAUUAUAAAUUUUUGACAUAAUUGUGAAAUUUCUAAUAUGGGCAGCAGCCUGUUUUAACAGAUUGCCUUUUAACCUAGGUUUGUGGUAGAGGCUAGUCUUAGGACUUUGUUGAUCUUUCAGUGGAAAAUCCUCUAGGGUAUAGCCUCUAUUUAAAGACUUUAACUAGAUUGUGUUUAUUUUGUUUGUUUACCUUCUGCUGUAAUGGUAUUUGUGCGUUCGGAUUUCAGUGGGGUGCAGAGAAAGUAGGUGGAAAGUAGAGAAAUGGCCAGACCUGGUCUGGGACACUGAGUUUUGGAGCUGUCUCUAAAGACUUCAGAGACAAAAACUACUAGGGAAGAGAUAGAGGAUUUAGGGAAACAGAUUGAGACAAAUAAUAUAUUUGUGCAAUAUAAAAGAGGAUUUAAAAGAAAAAUUGAGGUCUAGCUAACUGUAAUUCCCCUUGACUGCAGGUGGGCUUGGACUUGUGUGAAACAUAUAGUAUUUUACAUUUUGGCUCUCAGGCAUCCUGUUGGACUAGAACUGCUCAUUUGUAGCAUUUAGAUCAAAUUAUUUUUGACCAGCAUCAAUCAGUCCAAAGAGAAAAAAAUAACUUUUUAAAGAUUAUUUGGUGGAAUGGUUUUGCUAGCAAUGGGCUGAAGUUACUACUGCAGUCUCUGUUUAAUGGCUGUGUAUAUCAUGGAUUCAGUUUGGUGAAAUCCUUCUCUCCAAGCCUGUUUUUGUAUUUUUAUAAAACUAAACACUGAGAGGUAGUCCAAGACACCCUCACUAUGUAACAGAUUUGUGCAAGCACUGCUCAAGUCAUUUUGAAGCUCAAGCCUAUUUUCGCUUUGUUCCUUAUGUGUACUUUUUUGUUUACUUGUGAAAAUGGCCAACUUUAAGCAUAUUUAUUUUUCUGCCACUUCUAUUUAUUUAAAGGCAAGCAGUAUUUUCUUGAUCAUAAAUAUUUUGUAAGAAACAUUUCCUAGGCCUUUCUAUGCUCUUGUAUAACUACAUUGAUAGCAGUGUAGAAUUUGAAUUUCAGUCUGUAAAUACUUUUUUAGAAAAUAGAUAUUUUUAUUGCUUUAAAAA